AUGAACAACAGCAGUGGCAAUGGUGGAAGUGGUACCAGCAGUGGCAGCAACAGUAACAGAAAUAGUAGAAAUAUGUCAUCACAACAACAGACAGCAACAUUCUCCUCCGAUAUGAACUUGAUCUAUCCCUACAUUCAUGUGUUGAACUGCAAUGCUUCUACCACCAUUGAAGAUUUAUUUCUUUUCUUUGCAUCACCCAGUGUAUCAUCAUCAUCAUCCUCUGUUUCGCAACAGCCCUCACAACAUCAACGAUUACCCAUGUUACUCACCACAUCACCCAAAACUCCAAAUGCAGAGUGGAAUGAUGAUUUAAAUCAAAUGUUACAAUCAUCAUCAUCACCUCCCUCUUCAAUCAUUCUCUCCUCCAUGUACCCUUCCAAUCCGAUCACAUCUUCAAAUAUUCAUGUUGUACAAUCGAAACACAAGCGAAGUACGAGUUUGAGCAUUCAUCAGCAAGAAGAGAUGACAAGUAACCACCACCACCAUCAUCAUCACUCUCAGCAAAAUUCGACGGAACCUACAAUGACAACCACCAUCACCACAACACUUCCAUCCUCUACUUUAACUGCUGCAACCAAUAGUAAUAUCAUACUAAUUAGUACCUCAUCAUCCUCACUUCCAAUAUCUUCACAACCACCCUCUCAACCACCCUCAGGACAGGCUUCUUCUUCUUCCUUUAAAGCCUCUUCUCCUCCAAGCACUGCUUUGCCCACUCCACUCGAAUCUGCUGCCGUAAAUUUGAAACGACAAAGUUUAAAAGGAACGCACAAUAAGAACAUUUUUAGUUUUGAUGAUCGGUAUUUUAUGACUCAUUUGGCAGAACACAUUCAAGAUGCAAAUACUACGAUGAAUCAUCAACCAUCUACGACGACUACGACCAAUAUUCCCUCCUCCUCCUCUUCCUCAGUAACAUCAUCAUCGUUAACCAUUCAUAAUCAUCCAACCAUGUUUCAUCAUCAACAUGUUCCAUCUAUGCCUUCUUCUUCUCCUUUUACUUCUCCUCCUUCUCCACUUCAACGACAUGGAAGUGUCUUAAUUUCAAAAAGAAAUUACAAACAUCAUUCUAAACAUCAAUCAAAUCAGAUGACUAGUUUAUUUACUAAUAAUUUUGAUUUAAUUUCUUCUCCAAAUACAAUGUUGGAUUUGGGUGUAAAAAUUGAAAAGAUGGAAAUGGAAAAUUCAAAAAAUAUCAGAAUUUUAAUUUUAAAUAAUUUUCGAAGUGUUUCAAAACGAGUGAAAUAUGCCUUAUUAGAAAUAUUUAAAUUUAAAAAAGUAAUUUUGGGAGAUAAGACUUUUGACAUUCCAUUUGAAUUUAUUUGUAUUUGUGACACAUUGGAAUUACCAAGUGCAUUGUUAUGCGAAUUUAUUGGUUUUGUACCCUCUCUGAGUAUUUCUUCAACAUUUACACCUCAAGAUGUUCAAAAUUAUUCUUCCAAUAUUCAACACAUCAUGUCACAACAUUCCAAAAACAUGGAUCGAAAAUCCAAUGUUUCCAGUUCAACAUCACUCAUUGAUUGUGUUGAUGUUACUGUUAAAAUUCAACAAUACAUUAGAGAUAUUAUUGCAGUUUGUAGACAUCAUCCCCUUGUGAAACAAUAUCCAACAUCAGAAGUGACAAAUAUGAUUAUCAUGGCUGCCAAAGCAUAUGCAUUAAUGUGGAAUAAGACAUUUGUCACACCUACUCAUGUUCAAGCAAUUAUUUCAAAUAUUUUGUAUCAUCGAGUGGAAUGCAAUUCAGAAGACAAAUGGAGUGUCUUACAAGAUGUUGUAUCUUGUGUGUUACCACCUUGA